ACCGGUUCCGUCCCAACACGGAAAUAUGGGAAAGUGACAAGAACGGCAACGUUGCUGUUAUUAUGGAUUUAAAGCGGUGCUGCUAGCUUAGCUUUCACCGUGUUUGUUGGUUCUUCGCGCGGCUUUAACGAUGUUUAACUGCCGGUGCUAACUCUCUGACAGAUGGACGCGCGCGCUGGAAAUGGACAGAGAGUUCGACCUCUGUUGCUAGUUCAAUAGCUUUAGUCCACCGUUUGUUCACAGCCAUGAAGCAAAGUGUUUUGGGGGUCAUGGGGGCUGUGGGACGCCUGCUCCUCCUCCUCCUCCUGCUGUCCUGGGAAGGCACAGUAUUUCAGGUUGGAGGAGUCAGAUCGGUCACCCUCCCAGAAUCCCUCCUGUUUGUCUCCACGCUGGACGGUAGUCUGCACGCCGUCUCCAAACAGUCAGGGGACAUCAAGUGGACCCUACGAGAAGACCCCAUUAUUCAAGUACCUGUCUACCUCACAGAGCCGGGGUUUCUCCCAGACCCCAACGAUGGCAGUUUGUAUAUCCUGGGGGGCAAACACAAGGAAGGCCUGAUGAAACUGCCCUUCACCAUCCCAGAGCUGGUCCAGUCGGCUCCCUGCAGGAGCUCUGAUGGUAUACUCUAUACAGGUAAAAAGCAGGAUGUGUGGUUCGUGGUCGAUCCUGAGACAGGCGAAAAGCAAACCAGUUUAACCACCUCCACCUCUGAAUCCAUCUGCCCCAACACUCCCCUACUUUACAUUGGACGCACAGAAUACAUGGUUACCAUGUUUGACACCAAGACACAGGAGCUGCGAUGGAACGCUACUUACAAUGAUUACUCUGCUCCACCAUACGACGACAAACAGGACUACAAGAUGGCCCAUCUUGUGUCAAGUGGUGAUGGUCUCGUUGUGACAGUUGACAGAGAGACAGGUGACGUCUUGUGGAGUCAGAACUAUGGAUCGCCCGUCGUAGGGGUCUACCUGUACUCCGGAGACUCUCUGAGACACGCCCCCCACCUGUCCCUCGCCAUGGAAACGCUUCGCUUCCUCACCUUCUCUUCUGCCAACGACCAGGCAGACACACACUCUACACUGAAGUGGAGCUAUCAGUUUGUGAAGGAGCAAGCCAGCGCACAAACACAGCUUGUACCCACUCUCUAUGUCGGAAAACUGGACACUCACCUCUACGCCUCCACGUCCCUUGUCCACCAUGGAGUCUCAUUAGUGCCUCGGGGACUGACUUUGGCUCGAAUCGAGGGUCCGGUGACAGCUGGAGUGACAGUCAGAGAGCGAGGGGAGUGUGAGAUCACACCGUCUACCGAUGUGCGCUACCCACCAGGGAGCACAAACAGCCGGAAAAACCACUGGCUGCUAAUAGGUCAUCAUGAGCUCCCUCCAGUCGCUCACACCACCAUGCUGAGGGAUUUCCCAGCUGGCCUGCAGCGUUCUGGCGAGGCAGUCAUCCCCCCUCGACCUUCUGCCUCCUCUGCCUCCCCUGCCUCCUACUACCAUCAGCGCUACUUCCAGGCAGUUGCUGGUGGCCAUAGCGACACUAAUGCUAAUAGAGAAGAGGUUGAUGGGAAGACGACAGGACAGAAACCGGCCGCCGUGCUGCCUGUCUAUAUGACUCAGGACCGGCUCACUUUGGCUGUUCUGACACUGCUGCUGGGAGGGUGGCUGGCCUUUGCGCUCACAUACCCUGUUCGCACAGCUCAUCAGCUGAAAGCUCAAAGGCAGCUGGAGGAGGCUCUUGAGUCUCGUCUCCAGCGCAUGCAGACAAACAUGCAGACCGUGACCCAGGUCCCCUCAGAUGCAACCCUCUCCACUGACACAAACAUCUCCACUGAGUCUCAGCCUGCAUCUGCUGACCCUCCACCUAGUCCUCGCACUCACAGCGGGGGCAGCACUUCAGAUGUCGAUAGAAACGGCACCUCAGGGCCCCAACCCACAGCGGAGGGAAACAGUGAGGAGGUGCAGGUUGGUAAAAUCUCCUUCACGCCGUCUGAGGUGCUUGGACAUGGCACAGCGGGAACAUUUGUGUUCAGGGGUAAUUUUGAUGGACGCCACGUAGCGGUGAAGCGAAUAUUGCCGGAGUGUUUUGAGGUAGCAGAACGCGAGGUGCAGCUCCUCCGAGAGUCUGACACACACCCAAAUGUCAUCCGAUAUUUCUGCACAGAGAGAGACCGCCUCUUCACUUACAUCGCCAUUGAGCUGUGCACUGCAACCCUGCAGCAGUAUGUGGAGGAUCCGUCUUGUUUUCCUGAGCUGAAUCCUAUAACUCUGCUGGGACAGACCAUGAGUGGCCUCUCACACCUCCACUCGCUCAACAUAGUCCAUCGUGACCUGAAGCCCAGAAACAUCCUCCUUUCUGGUCCCAGUGCGCUGGGUCGAGUCCGAGCUCUCAUCUCUGACUUUGGACUCUGUAAGAAGAUCCCAGACGGUCGGAGCAGCUUCUCUUUGCGGUCAGGAAUACCAGGAACUGAAGGGUGGAUAGCUCCUGAAGUACUGCGGGAUACUCCUGGCAACAAACCGACAGCAGCUGUGGACGUGUUCUCAGCAGGCUGUGUGUUUUACUACGUGGUCAGCAGGGGGCAGCACCCUUUUGGUGAUGCAUUACGACGACAGGUCAACAUCCUGUCAGGAGAAUAUUCACUCUCGCAUUUUAUGGAGGAUAUACAUGAUGACGUCAUAGCACAGGAUCUGAUUGAGCAGAUGAUCAGUGCUGAGGCUGAGUCCCGGCCCUCCACAGCCUGUGUGCUCAAACAUCCGUUCUUCUGGAGCCCCGAGAAGCAGCUGCUCUUUUUCCAGGACGUCAGUGACCGCAUAGAGAAGGAACCAGCAGAUAGUCCGAUUGUGGUCAGACUGGAGACUGCAGGAAGAGGAGUGGUGCGAACCAACUGGAGGAUGCAUAUCUCAGUGCCUCUGCAGACAGACCUGAGGCGGUUCAGGACAUAUAAAGGAAACUCGGUCAGAGAUCUGCUGAGAGCCAUGAGGAAUAAGAAGCAUCACUACCACGAGUUGCCAAAGGAGGUGCAGGAGACUCUCGGCGAGCUGCCCGAAGGCUUCGUCAGCUACUUCACCUCACGGUUUCCACGGUUACUGAUGCAUACACAUGCUGCUCUGAGCAUCUGCUCCAGUGAGAGACUGUUUCACCCCUACUAUCUGUCCCCCAACGCCAAAUAGCAUUGACAUGACUCUGCACUCCAUGCUUUGCACACACACUGGAGAAGUUUUUUGUGAGCAACAGAAAUCGCUGACAGUGCCCUUUUAUUGCUUUUGUAAAGCCCAUACUGAUUUUUGGGGGAAGAUACAGUGCUGUGAAAAAGUUUUUUAUAUCCCUAAAGUUUUCGUUAUUUCCUUUUUCUGCAGCUGUUGAUCAAGGAACGAUUUUAAUCAAACAGAAAACACUAAAAGUACGCACAUUCGGAAAGGCUGCAUACAUUUGUUAUAUUAAUCAUAGCAAUGUUUUUAAACUACAUCUUAAUGUGUAACUCCAUCAGAAUCGUUUAUAAAAUAAAUGAGGUGAUUCUUACUUUUGCUGGAGCGACAUCUGAUUUUGUUUGUGGGAAACAAACACAAUAUAGCUCUUGAAUGAGAUCUGGAGAGCACAGUUAACGGAAGAGCUUUUUAAUAAGGUGCAGCAGGGAAAAAAAGACAAAAAGUGUAAUAACCAUGUCCUGUUACAGCACUGGUUUGAGCUCUAAGUUAGCUGAUGUGUGGAGAUUUUAUCCUUAUUCUACAUUGCAGUCCUUUUUAAAGUUUUUAAUAAUUUAUUGUUUUUUAAAAGCAAAAAUAUAAUAUAAUGGCCAGCCCCCCAAUCCCAAAUUAAAUCCCUUGUUCCUUGGCCUAUUGCACAAUAUUUUAUUGAAAUAUGUUUAUAAAUUUGCAGAUAUCCUGCUAACAGACCAACAAACGGGUCUGAAAACAUAACUUCUUUGACAGAGGGAAUUGUAUUUUUUUUUUUUUUUUUAUGAAUAUUUUUCCAUUUUUUUUCUCUACUGGAUAAUUAAUAGUAUAAAUACAGACAGGAGACCAAGGGAGAGAGGGGGUUAUAACCAAGUGGCAGCCUCCGGUGCUAAAAUAAUGAAGCCACUAUGGUAGUGCCAAAAACUGCAGUUCCUUAAAUGGCCACUUGAGGCUGGCUCCUGAAGCGAAUAACUCCCCACAGACCCCCAUGUUAAACAGCCGAACUUUACAGCAGAAAUAAACAUGUUUACAACCUGGUACAAAAAACAGUUUUGGUCUCUAUAGCUCAUUUUAACAUUCAUGACAACUGUAUGGGGUUGAAUUUUUAAAGUUGGAGUCCGCAAACCAAUGGGUGACGUCAUGUUACCAAGUCUAGUAUUUCAGGUGUCGGCGAGUAUGCCAAUAGCUGAUCCAGCAUUGUAGGCACUAUUGGAGGCUUUUCCAAUACUGAUAUCGUAUCAUAACAACUCAAACUUAAAGGGUAACGCCAGCAUUUUUCAACCUGGGCCCUAUUUUCCCGUUGUUUUGUGUCUAGGUGACACAAAGGAACAAAUGGAACAAUUUUUGAAAUUGCUCCAGUAUUGAACGAGAGGGAUGCAGCCAACAGCAGUGAAGCAGGCUGCAAUAUAGCCACUAGGGACAAUUAUGUCAGUUUACGCCCACUCAGAGUGCUUUUGCCACUGACCGGCUCAGAUUGUUGCUAUUAAUGUCUGACAACAUUGUUGAAAGGAUCCCAACAGAGACAGACCUUUUUAUUUAAGAGUAAGAUCCCUUUUGUUUAACAAAACACCCCCAAAAUUGAUUUAACCAAUUCCACCAGAGUCCAUUUGAAUAAAAAGUAAUUUUAUCAUCGUAAAACACACUUCAAUCAAAGUCAGCAAAAUCAAAAUAAAACUCAAAAGCCGUCUUGCUUCGUCUUCCCACUGUUCUAGCAACCACCAACCCUGGUUUGGUUGAAAUAAACCCUUAAUUCACCCAGAUGUGAAAAUAUACUGGCUCUAAACAUGCUGAUGGGUUUGGCAAUGCCUAUUUUGGGGCUGUAUUUGGUUAAACUCUUCAAUAAAAAUGGUCUAUCUCUGUUUGGAUCCUUUCCAUAAUGUUGUCAGAAACUUAUAAUAACAAUCUGAGUCUGUCAGUGGUAAACUUCCCAUUGAGAUCCCAUUGAGAUUAACAACCUCUUUUUCAAGGGAGACCUGGCCAAGAUAGGCAGCAGCAAGUAUGAAGCACAGUUACAAAUUACACAGAUAAAACACAAACAAAUAGUAUUGAAUUUACAAGCAGAUUAUGAAAAACAAGUACAUGUAGUGGAGUCGGCCUCAAGUAUUCUUAGUAUGGAUUUAAAGGCGCUCAAAGAAAUUAACCCUGUUAGUUUCCAGUCAUUUUGCAACAUAUUCCAUGCUGAAGGUGCAGAGUAGACAAAAGCCUUUUUACCCAAUUUCAGUACGGGCAUAUGGAACAGAAAGCAACAAGUAGUCUUGCGAACGAAAGGAGUAAGGACCAGCACUUCUCUGUGCAAUUAAGGAACAAAUGUAGGAAGGCAGUAGACCAAGUAAUGCCUUAUAUAUAAAAGUAUACCAAUGACUGAGCCUUCGGGUGGCCAGAGCAGCCCAUCCAACCCGAGAGUAUAACUCACAGUGGUGUGUCAAUGGUUUACAAUUAGUAAUGAACCUCAGAGAAGCGUGGUAGACAGUGUCAACCAUAUGAAGACAUUUAGCAGAUGCAUUCAUAUAUAAAAGAUCUCCAUAAUCCAACACUGGUAAAAAGGUAGCAGCAACAUGUUCAUUAACGGAGCACAAAUGCCCCAAAGUGGUUAAAUUGCGGCCGUUUAACCGCUGCCAUCUGCAGCACUCUCAUCCAAUACUGGACCAAUUAAAAAAUUGUUGUCUCCGUGGUCCCACCAAAAAUUUGGGAGUACAGUACUUUUAGAACCAUAACAGUAACAGCUCUGGAGUCCAGAUUAAACAUCAUUAUGUGAGGUGCACAAACUUUGUCACAGCACUGUAGGUAGCACAAACACUGGAGAGCAGGUUUUAUGAGAAGUAAAGCUUGUGCUGCUGUUACAAGUUAUAGAGGAAAUCUGUUUUAUAUCUAUUUACCAGUUAAACCACUUACUUCCCCUCUGUCCCUGUUGCUGCUGUGCUUCUCUCAGCUCCUCUGUAGAAACUGCCAAAGAAUAUUUACUUUGCUUUUUGUUUUUAUGUAUUUGAUAUGUGUGUCUGAAUGUAGCUACACUGACUGAAGAAUGUACUGAGCCUUUCUGCAGCCUUGUUUUUUCACUGACGGAAGUACAUUCAGUGAAAUAGUCAAAUAUCAUGACACUGUUAAAAUGUGGGCAAUGUGCUAUACUGAGAAAAUCUGAUUUAUGCAGGCAAUAAUGAAACCACAGAAACUACAUUUGCACAUUUUAUUUGAAUUUACAGACAUCUUGUUUACCCAUUUUCAACAGUAAUGCAGUAUACUCCACCACUCCUGUCUUGAAUGUCGGCAUUGCUGUAGCUUUUGAGCCUCUCUGUUCUCACAGAGUGCCACUAAACACUCUCAGCGAUAUGUGAAAUAUCUCCCUGUAACUACUGGAUAAAGGUUUUUUCAUUAGUCUGCAGUAGAAGGAAUGAUGAAGAAUCCAACUUUUGUACUUUUUUUGGAUGCUUGAAUUAAAGUGACGCUGUGGGUGUGCUGAAGAAUUAAUAAAUCAAGUGUUGUCGUCAGUUAUUAAACAGACAGAGAAAAGGACACUGUAAGUAAUUUUUACUCUCUCCAGUAUCAGUACAAAUGGGUUGAUGUUGAUUGGAAAAAUAAACUGACAAAUGUUUUAUUGACUUUAUUGUUGGACAAAUGUAGAGGAAUUACCUUAUAAUGCUCCACAAGUUUUGAAAUUGGUUCAUUAUCGAGAGAGAC